AUGUCUACCUCGACCAUCGGGUUCCAACCCAAUGAGACCUCCGUACGAGCGAUUCGCACAGUCAUUUCGGUUGACCCCCAUAGCGAACCCUUGAGUCAGCCAAAUAUUCAUAAUAGGUGGCAUCCGGAUAUUCCAUUUGUUACAGAAGUGAAAGAAGGUGAAUCUUUCAACGUUGAAUGUUGUGACUUCACUGGAAACUUCAUUUCCAACAAUGACUGCGCAGACGACGUCCUAGACUUUUGCUGGGAGAGAGAUCAUCAUCUGUCAGGGCCGAUUCGGGUUGCCAAUGCUCAACCCGGAGAUGUACUCUGCAUUGACAUUUUAGAGGUCCAGCCAUUCCCAGAUCGAAUGUGGGGGUUCUCUCUUAUUGAUCCCGGACUUGGGCCUCUUGACCAACCUCAAACAAGAGUGGCCAAGAGUAUUUGGGACUUCCAUGGGAAAAUGGCGUCUUCUCGCCAUAUAAAGGAUGUCUCCUUUUGUGGGAGACCACAGUGUGGAGUAAUCGGCACUGCACCUUCCCAUGAGCUGCUGCAACGUUGGUCAGAACGAGAAGGGGCCCUCAACGAAAACCACGAAAACCACGGAGUGGUCUGUGCACAGAUGCCUGUCGAGAGCGGGGCUUAUGUGGGACAAAAGCUUCCAGAGAACCUUUUGAACAAGAUCAAAACAGAGGGUGCAAGAACAAAGCCCGCCCGUGAACAUGGUGGCAAUAUCGACGCCGGAAGCCUUACCGGCGGCUCUCGAAUUUACCUCCCUGUCUACGUCCCGGGAGCGAAUCUCUCCGUCGGGGAUCUCCAUUUUUCUCAAGGUGAUGGCGAGCCCACAUGUGCCAUUGAGAUGGCCGGUAUUGCCACGCUCAAAUGCUCGGUUUUUCCGGGUGGAAUGGAGAAACUAGGAUUGAGCUGUCCCAUUGUGGUGCCCAGUCCUGCCGAGCCAUUGUACCGCCAACAACUCGCUUUUCAUGGCAUCUCAGUGGACAAAAAAGGCAAUCAGAAACGCAGUGAUUUGACGACCUCAUACAUCCAAGCUGCUACCCACGCUAUGGACUAUCUGCAGCGCUUCGGAUACUCCCAUGAGCAGGCCUACACACUACUGGCUACUGCUCCGGUUGAAACAAAAGUUUUAGCAGUGCCCAACAUUCCGACUGCGAAUGUUUCUGUUGGAAUACCAACUCAGAUCUUCAACUUCAAUAUCAAUCCUACCCCAGAUGGCCCGUCACCAAAAGAUCGUGGGUCUCUGGCGUAUCUUUCGGAGGCCCGAGAGAAAGCCUUCCAAGAAGCUCGCAAAGGAUGCAGCGAGACACCUUUCGAUAGACCAUGA